UACACGUGCAUUGUAUGCUCAUGAACAGAUUUUCACUAUGAAGGCUAAUUAACACUUCACCUGCUUUUUUCUCUAUCUGUUUACAAGGACUUCCAUGUUUUUACGGGAAGGCAUUGUGACUGACAUUGAAGACUACUCCAAUGCCUUGGAGCUGUAUGAAGUGUCCCUGGCUGGAUGUUUUGUGGAAGAACCACCGAUGCCCACUGUUCGCCCGCGGCCCUCUGCCAUUGUUGACACAGACACAGACGAACCAGUGAAGACAACAGUACCAGCACCUGCUCCCUCUCCUACUGCAGCAAAAACCACCACUGCUGCUCCUGAGAGAAAGCAAACUCCUGCUGUCACACCAUCUACAGGAGGGGCAGAGAAAACUCCAACUACAGAACAGCCAGAGAAAAGACCCACACAGAAGCCUGUCACUAAAGGCCCAAAGCUGGCACCUGAGCCAUCCUGUGCACUCAAGCUGAGACCUGAACUGGGUGACGCUGCAGAGGCCUUCCAGUUUGGUGUGACCUCAGUCAGCAGGAUGGAGUACAACAAGCUGCCUGACUCCUUUAGGAUCAGGUACAAAUUUUCCAUGGAGUUCAAGACCUUUGACAAGAGUGGUCUUCUCUUCUUCAUGGCUGAUAACCUAGAGGCCAACUUUGUCACCCUCUUCCUAACCAACGGCAACCUCAUCUACAUGUUCAACUGUGGCACCGGGAAGCUCAAGCUCAAGAGUCGCACCAAGUUUAAUGACGGGCAGUGGCACAGAGUGGAGUUCUCCCGCGAGCUGCAGCGGGGUACGCUGACCGUGGACGGACUGCUACUGAAGGAGGGACAAUCACCAGGAAACUCUUCUUUCAUUGACGCAGCAGAGCCUUACUACGUAGGAGGUCUGCCAUCAUUGGAUGUGGCAAAGAAGCUUCCGGAUGCUGCCAAACGUAGUUUCGAUGGUUGUAUCCGAGACCUGCGCAUGAACGACCAGCCAUGGGGUGAGCCCACACGCUCAUACAGUGUAGGGGUGUGUUACCAGAGUGGGGAGGUGGGAACUUUCUUCACUGCUGAUGGAGGCUUCCUUGUUGUAGAUGAGGAGUUCCAGGUGGGGAUGGAUAUUGAGGUGACGAUGGAGAUCCGCCCCAGAACCACCUCAGGUGUGCUGAUGGCUGUCAUGAGCCAGCGGGGAGACUUCCUCCUCAUACAGCUCAUCAACGGAACUGUGGUGGCUCAUGUCCAGAAUGGUGGGGGUGUCUUCAGUAUUCAGCCCAAGGACAAACAUGAGUUGUGUGAUGGACAAUGGCACAAGAUUGAAGUGACUAAAGCCAAGAACGUGCUGAUGAUGGAGGUGGAUGAGAAGGACGUCCUCCCACCCAAACGUGACGACGACGCCGGUGACAGCCGCACUGACACAAACGACCCGCUCUACCUGGGCGGUGUGCCAGAUGACAUGAAGACACACGAACUGGUUGUCAAGGAGACGUAUGUUGGCUGCAUGCGCAACGUCAAGGUCAACGACAUCGGCCAGGACUUCCGCAAAGCUGCACGAUUCUCUGGAGGUGUCAUCAUUGACACUUGCCCAACCAACUAACAAGACCUUUAAAGAUCUAUACAUGUAGUUGAAGCUGAAAUUCACAUAAUGUACAGCAGUCCCAAUAUUACUGCAUAAAUCAAUAAACUUUGAAUUGUCUGUUCACUACCCA